AAUGUAGAGAUUUGCAUAAAACAAGCGAUUCUUUUAUUAUCAAUGAUUUGACUAACCUACAAUAUAUUUUUUUAUUGGUUUUUCCUUUUAAAAUUUCUUUAUUCUAAAUGUAUUGUAAUCAAAAAUAAUUCUUUACUCGUAUAAAUGUGAAUCGAUUAAGAUUAAUGAAUGUGUGAAGUUUAAUCUAACAUAACCUAAAACAGGUUAUACUGUAAUCUGUUUCUGUUGUUAUACAAACUUUUAAUAAAUUAGGGAUUGUUGUGAAAUAAAGAAAAAUGGCUGGCCAACAGCAUCCUUUCCCAUCUGGAUUUCCAAAUGUGCAACAAUCUGCAAUGCGAACACAAUUUGGAGGAGGACAAAUGGUUUCUGGUUUGAUGGGACCUCAACAAGGUGGUAUAGUGAGUCCACAACAAUUUGGAGUAGGUGUUGGCGUUGGAGUUGGAGUUGGAGGAGUAGGUUCUAAUGCUAUGGGAAUGCCAAAUGCUCAACAAGUUUUGGCCCAGCAACAACAACAACAACAAUCAGUUGCCAUGCAACAACAAAUGCAACAGAUGCAACAACAACAAUUGCAAUUACAGCAACAACAGCAAGCAGCUCUUGUACAACAAAGUAAUCAGACUAGUAAUCAAGCUACUACACCACAAACACCUGUCCCACCUACACAACCUCCUCCUCAACAGCAGCAGAACAAAGAUUUUAAUACUGCCAGCUUGUGUAGAUUUGGACAAGAGACUGUACAAGAUAUUGUAAGUCGUACUUUAGAUGUUUUCCAAACGCUGAAAGUACUGCAACCACCAAAUGGCACACCACAAGGAGCUAGCGUAGCCAAUGAUAAAAAGACUAAAGUGCAAGAACAGUUACGAAUGUUAAAAUUAUUAUUCAAACGUUUAAGAUUAAUCUAUGAAAAAUGCAAUGAAAAUUGCCAACUUCAAGGAAUGGAAUAUACACAUAUUGAAAGUCUGAUACCAUUGAAAGAAGAGUGGGAUAUGAAAUCUGAUGAGAAAAAAACAUCAGAAGCAUAUAGAUUAGCAUAUGAAGAAAGUAAAGAGAUCACAGAGCAAGUUGUGUUAAAAAAUAGGCACCUUAAGGAAAUCAUUGAUCAUUUAAGACGUAUCAUUUCAGAAAUAAAUACUAUGCUAAAUAUGCGUAGAUCUUAGAUCACGAAAUGUAUAUACUUAUUUAAGUUACAAUAGAUUACUACUAUAUGAUAAAAAAAUACUUAUAUCAUAAUUAAUAUAAGAAUGCGAACAGAAAUGUGUGAUUUACCUACCUCUUAGAAUAAUUUUAUUAUUGAUUGCUUGUAAUGUCAUCAACAUUCAUGGAGAUUAUGUCGUUCACUCUGAGAAUAGCUUCUGGGAUUAUUCCAAGUGGUGUCUCCAAAUUUCUCACAAAUAAUUCCAGGCAAUCAAUGUCGGAACCACGAAAUUCACCAGCAACGUGUGAAUUUUCAUAUAAACUAAAUUUUGUCUUUUUACCUGUAAGAUAAAGAAAAUAUGACAAAAUAACAGAAAAAUUUUCAGAACAAUGUGUUCAAACAAAUCACAUAGAUACUAGUCUAUAUAUAUAAUCCUAGGUAUUAUAUUUCACUUAUAGAUAUAUAAAAUCAUUGAAAUUUCUUUAAAAAAUUAUUUGAAUUCUCUCCUAUCGCGCAUUAUAUAAGUUAAACAAAAAUGGAGUCUCUUUAUUGGCGCCAUAUUCAAGUAUUACUUCGAAUAGGUUACGAUAUAUUAAAUAGGUUACGAUAUUAUUUAUUAUCUCGAUUUAUUGUAAAAAUAGAAUAUUUAUUCGAAAAAUACAAUCGAUUUUAACGUUAUUGUUGUUAUUAUGAUUAAAUGAAAAUAUAUAUAAACUGAUGAAAAACCAAGAAAACUUACCGACAAUACCAGUUAUCACACGUAGAAAACGUUCUCGUAAGAAUGCACGCGCUUCUUGUUUCUCUGAUGUCGAAAAGUCUAAUUCUAUAUUUUUUUCAUUACUUUCAUCAUUCUGUUCUUCCUUUUCAAUCAUUUUUUGUAACAAAAUAUUUUGACGAUUCAACACCAGUUCUUCACUUAUGGCGGAGG